AUGGACUGGUUCAUCAUCAACCUGAAGUCAAGAUUACAAUUGCGCAAUGAUCAUAGCGUUGAAGCCAUCGUGGCUCUGCUUCCACCACAAGCUAUCGUUCGUGGCUCAGCUCCGGCAAUGACGAACUUCAUGUUUGCACGAACUCGGCAUCUUUUCAUUGACUUCAUGAGUCACUGCAAUACUGGUUUGAAAACCUGUGAUCAGCUUGAGUUACAAAGGAGCAUGCCCAUCGACAGUCAGAAACAGUCACCAACACUAACAUCAACCGUGUUUUGUUUCUCAUCGCCAAAACCAAUCUUUCUAUGA